AGCAAGCAUGGCGGGGCUGAGGGACGCUCAGCAAGGCAGCCACUGCCACAGGAAAACAUGGAUCAAUCUCCUACUCGGAAUAUUGCACAUACUUUUACCCUGCGCCCGACAAGGAGGGGCGCAACUACAAGCUUUAGCUCAGAUGUCCAGCGUGGUGGAGGUUUGGCAGGCUGAAGAUGCUGACCUCGUGGUUCCCACUCAGGCUGAGAGUGAGCACAGCAAAGAGGGCCUUCCUCCCGAAGAAAGCUCCUCCUUUUACGUGCCGGAGAGCGGGAGGGCCCUGUGCUUCCAGCCCCCGCUCCUGCAGUUCGGAACACAGCCGCUGGGACUGCCGAGAGCGGAGACCAUAUACAUAAACAACCCCAGCCAGGACCAGCCGGUGACGCUGCUGUCCAUGUUUACAUCCAGCAGGCAUUUCCACAUACCUGCGUUCCACAGAAAGGUGAUCCCGCCUCGGGGAAAAGCCUCCUUUAAACUGAUAUUUCUUCCCACGGAGGAGGGCAGUGUAGAAAAUACGUUAUUUAUAAACACGUCGUCCCACGGUGUUCUCUCGUACCAGGUUUUUGGGGUUGGGGUUCACCAUGGAUCAUACAAGGACCUACACAAAAAACACAGUCUGCUAAUAUUUCCGCACAUACAGAGCAUUAAGCUGACACAAACUCAGGAUGAAGCCUCGAACAUCACCAUUCUGGGGCUGCAGCUGGAAUGUAGUCUCCCUAAAGAGGGUUUCGGGCAUCCUCAGGGUUCCUGCUUCCUGUCAGAGGAGAGGCUGGCGGUGAGGAUCAGCCUGGCUGAGAGAGGGGAUAAACACACCGGCCUGGAGAGGUUCAAGCCUUACGUAAUCGAGAACAUCAUGGUGCUGUUUGAGAUACCAUCAGCUGGGAGCGGCUUAUGGGAGCCCAGGAUGAACAUAUACAUGUUGAAUUCAGGAGUGAAAAAAUUAUAUGUCAAGGAGAUACAGCUCCUUUCUAAAGCAGAAAGCAGCGUAGAAUUUCAGCAGGCCCCGCUGAGCCCCUCGGCAGCAAACUUCACGCAGGUGGCGUCGCUGGCAUGCAGGGGGUCCUUGCUUGACCGUGGGAAAGAGUGCUCCAGUCAUGUUAGCAUGCAUGUGUUGAACGGCUACACCCUCAAGACCUACCCUGCCUUCAACAUCACACACAGGCGGUUUGGAAACGACUCUGCCACAUUGUUCCAUGUGAAACAGAGACAGAACAGAGGGGACCACGCAGACUUGUGGCUAACCAACGGGUUUGACUUCAGCUUCUCCGUCAACGACGUCACCGUCUCUCCAGACAUGGACGGCUUGCUGAAGGUGGUGAAUUUCAGCAGGGCAGUGACUGUUCCCCCGGGGUGCUGGAAGCUCUUCUCUCUGCGCUUCAUCAACAGGAAGGAGCCCAUGAACAUGGUGACCACUCUGGUCCUGCUGACCAGCGUGGGCCUGUCUCUGGAGAUUCCUCUGCACAUCCACUCCUCUGUCUCAAAGCAGGGGGAUGUGGUCUUCGAGGCCAGCGGGGAAUGUGGAAGCCCCUGUCAGCUCAGGCUGUCUGACACAGGUCGGGCACAGUGGCAGCAGUCGCUGGGGUCCCAUGGCGAAGAUGGCGGCUCCUGCUGGAGAGUAGACAGCAGCCUGGCCUCUGAGCUCUACUCCCACUGGAGGAGCAGAAGGGACCAGCUCUCCUGCAUCUGGCCUCGGCUCCCCGCCGGAAACGGCUCUCCUCUGGACUUCGGGGCCACUCCAGUCAAUGAGAGCAAGUUGAAGUACUUCACCCUAAAGAACCCCUCUGCGUCCCCCAUUUCCGUGGAGCUGCUGGCCCUCUCCUCCUACUCCGCCCCCCUGGAGGCUCUAGACCUGCUGACCAAAUGGUUUAAGAUGAACCCUCUGUCUGUCAAUGUCACUACAGCAGAAUUCACCCUACAAAACAGUGAGAGUCAGGCAGGUAGAACGCUGAAGGGAUCGGGAGCCGUGAGACUGCACCUCAGGCCGUGGGAGAGCAGGGAGAUCGGAGUGCUGUUCACUCCUGCCGAGCACAAGCCCGUCACCUCCAUCAUCUUGCUGAGGAACAACCUGACGGUGUUCGACAUGGUGGUGGUGAAGGGCCACGGGGCCAGGGAGAUGCUGCGUGUCGGGGGCAAACUGCCGGGCACGGGAGCCUCACUGCGCUUCAACGUGCCCCAGUCCACCCUGAUGGAGUGCAGGGACGGGCUGAAAACCACCAAGCCACUGUUUGCCAUCCGGAAGAGCUUCAAAGUGGAGAACGCAGGGGAGCUGCCGCUGACCGUCAUGUCCAUGAACAUCAACGGCUACAAGUGCCAGGGAUACGGGUUCGAGGUGCUGGAGUGUAGGUCGUUCCAGCUGGAUUACAACUCCUCCUCGGAAAUCAACAUCGCGUUCACCCCAGACUUCACGUCCUCCUGGGUGAUCCGGGACCUGACGCUGGUGACGGGGCGCGGCUCCACCUUCCCCUUCACCCUCAACGUGACCCUGCCCCACCACAUGCUGCCCCUCUGCGCCCAGGUGGUGCCCGGCCCCAGCUGGGAGGAGAGCUUCUGGCUGGUCACUCUCAUCUUCACAUGCCUCUCGCUGAGCGGCGUCUGUCUGAUGGCCUUCCGUCAGGCCCAGUACAUUCUGGCCGACUUCACCACGCCCAGCCCCAGAGCCAAUCACAACUCCACGCUGUCGCGGGGCAGCAGUGCCGUCGACACCAUCAGCCCCAAUGCAGUGAAUAAAAUGAAGGGGAGCUGCAAGACCUUCGUUGACACGUGCAACACCUCGGACAAGGGAAAAGGAAAGGGGUCUCCGGCCGUUUCCAGCUCCGCCUCCCGGGGCCAGUCGUCAGUGAAGAAGAGCUCGGGUGCUCCGGCGCAGCCCCAGAAGAAACACAAGGUUUCGGUUUAUUACGGUAAAUACAAGGUAAACCCUGCAUCCACCACCGCGGCCGCCUCCGCAGAGGAGGAGAGGGAGGAUGUGUGCUCAGACCAGGCCCCCGAGCAAGACCCCGUCGCCUGCAGCGACGGCAGCAGUCCCGACACGGCCGACUGCCCCGCCGCGACCGACAAGAAAAGCCCCUUCACAGAAAACUGCCCUGCAGCUAAAGAGGACCUGGAGCUGGCACCGGUUAUGUUUCCCAUGGAAACGCACUCCGACCUCUCGGAGGACGUGCCGGCGGUCCUCAGCGGUGGGCCCGGCCCGUUCGCGUGCGCCCCGGCUGAGAAGGUGACCGACGAGGGCGGGCCCCGGGCGUGGCCGUGCAGCCCGCUCUCACACCUCACCGACAGGAAGCUCCCAGAGAAGAGAGAAGUCCAGGGGUCAGAGCCAAGGGAGGAAUGUAAUAUUGAGAGGAAGCUGCUGGACAGGAUAGAGCAGGCGAACUCUGCCGGUAACAAGGGAAAAAAGAGCGCAAACAGAAGCCGCAGGAGGCCUGAGGACAGCGUGACUGGAGUACCUGAGCAUAGUGUGGUCAUAUUAUCGGAAAAGAACAAGGAGCUGGAGUGGAGGGAGAGCAGGAACCCCAACAGAUCCCGGAAUCGCUUCUCCAACGGAAAACUAGACACACCCAAGCCAGGACCCCACCCAGACAGCUCUCACACACAGCAUCAGAACGGCGUGUGCGCCGCCAGGCCCCGGCGGAAGGGCGAGGCACGGAGGCCGCAGUGGGAGUCGGGCUCGGACUCGGGCAGCUCGUCGGGCAGCGUGCGAGCCAGCCGGGGCAGCUGGGGCAGCUGGAGCAGCGCCAGCAGCCUGGAGGGAGAGAAGGACCCCAGCGGCAGACCCCUCUGCACUACCUCAGCCUCCACCCAGAGAAGUGUUCAGCACAGCGUCUACCCCUCCGAAAGAGACCUACCGCUGACCUGCAACAGAGCUCAGAGCAUGCAGAACCUGUGCCAGAGAGACCCCUGCCAGAUCCCGGACCCCGCCCCGACGCCCGGGUUCACCCCGAGCUUUGCCACCGUCGCGGCAGGCGCCGAGAGGACCCUGGGCAUGGCGUGCCCGUUCCUGUCAGAAGAGGCGUGGUCCGCGCCCUCGCUUCCUCUGAGCAGCGAUCCCAGGCUCAGUGCUGCCCAGUCGCAUCCGCUGCUGCCUCCCGGAUCCCCCUCGGCCGUCUACCACAACUUUCCCUGGAGCAGUGCCAACAGCCAAUGCACCAGCUCCUACCCGUACUGUGACCAGAGCAACUACAUGCUUGGGGGCAAUGCAGACUUCCAGAACGGGUUCCCGUGCCACGAAAGCCAGGGCGUGUGCUACAGGCCCCCGUCCCACUGGAGGGAGGAGCGUGGCCAGGGUGUGCCCCCCGCGUGGGGCAGCCCCAGCAGUGUGGGCACCAAGCCAUACUUCGGCACCCGCAGCCUCUCCCCCAUGUCCAGCCUGUUCGGCUCCAUCUGGACCCCCCAGAGCGAGCCGUACCAGAGCCACUUCCAGCCGGACCGCCCCGUACCCCCGUCCCCACAGGCCCCCUUCAGCCGGGAGCCCGGGGGCAGCUGCCGGCAGAAGCAGUACUCCACCUUCAACCCCUUCGGCCCCCACAUGAACCUGGACAUUUGGAACUCCUCCUCCUCCUCCUCGAACCGCAGCUCAAAUUCCCAGCUCUCCAGCGACUCCGGUUACUAUGGCGACGUGUAACCAGAAUGUGCUUUUAUCAAUAAAAGAAAAUAAAUGUGAAUAUAUGUUUUUAUUUUUUAUUUACCCCCUCACCCCCCCAUUUA